AAGAAAAGAGGAAACGAAGAUGGUGAUGAUGAUGGCUUCACCAAAUUUAGCUUCCAAAUGCUCGACAGCAAUGGCGAAGCCUUCCCUCCCCCUGAAGCUGUUUCUCUGGGUGUUUAUUGCCGUUAAUCUUCCUACAAGCUCCUUCCAGACUGAUGACGAUGAUGAGGUGACCAACAAGACGUGGGUGCUGACUCCCAAAGUGUACGAGAGUGACGUCACACACAUCCUUAACAGCCUAUUGGAUGGAUAUGACAACAAACUCAGACCUGACAUUGGAGUCAAACCAACAGUGAUCCACACAGACAUGUUUGUCAACAGCAUCGGCCCAGUUAAUGCCAUCAAUAUGGAAUACACCAUCGACAUCUUUUUUGCUCAGACCUGGUACGACAGGAGGUUAAAAUUCAACAGCACGAUGAAGGUUCUACGUCUCAACAGCAACAUGGUUGGGAAGAUCUGGAUCCCAGACACUUUCUUUCGCAACUCGAAGAAGGCGGAUGCCCAUUGGAUCACCACACCCAAUCGCAUGCUUCGUAUCUGGAAUGAUGGCCGGAUACUCUACACCCUCAGGUUGACCAUCGAUGCCGAGUGCCAGCUUAAACUGAACAACUUCCCAAUGGAUGAGCACUCGUGUCCCCUGGAGUUUUCAAGCUAUGGCUACCCAAGGGAGGAGAUUGUGUACAAGUGGAAAAGGAGCUCAGUUGAGGUCGGGGACAUUCGCUCCUGGAGGCUCUACCAGUUCUCCUUCGUGGGCCUGAGGAACACCUCUGAGAUCGUCAGGACUGUCUCAGGAGACUAUGUGGUGCUGACCGUCUUCUUUGACCUGAGCAGGAGAAUGGGCUACUUCACCAUUCAGACCUACAUCCCAUGCACCCUGAUCGUUGUCCUCUCCUGGGUCUCAUUCUGGAUCAACAAGGAUGCGGUACCUGCAAGGACAUCAUUGGGCAUCACCACUGUGCUGACCAUGACCACGCUGAGUACCAUUGCCAGGAAAUCCCUUCCAAAGGUCUCCUAUGUGACUGCCAUGGACCUGUUUGUGUCAGUCUGCUUCAUCUUCGUCUUCGCGGCACUUAUAGAGUACGGCACACUGCACUACUUUGUCAGCAACAGGAAGCCGAGUGCCAAAAAGGACAAGAAGAAGAAAAACCCGUGUGAAAGCUGCAACAAUGGAACCGGUAAGUGAGUUUCAAACAGAGAAAUUCAAACUUAUCUUCACUUUAAUGUGAAUGUCAAUACAGACAGCUGUUGGGUAUUUUGAAAUCCCUGCAGUGGGACAUGAUUCAUUCUAUGUGUCAUAUCUUCUAAGUUGAGCAACAAAACAAAACAAACAAAUCAAAUAGACUUAAGAGCUUAAUACGUACAAAAAAAGAUUUGAGAAGGGAUGUGUAAACUUUAUUAUUAAGCAUUUCAUAUCUGAUCUAUUUUAGGAGAAACACUUUGAGAAUGUAAAUUAUUACAUAGUGAGGAAAUUGAUUCACUUGCUAGAUGGAAUUCUAAUUAUUUUUGUAUUUGUUUUGACAUUUUCAGAAUAAAAUUAGCUUGAAGGCUAUAAUGUGUUGCGUGUGAAGAGAGGGGGGAACACAUCGAAAGCAUCUGAAUUGUAAAUGUUGUGUAUGAUAACAUGUAACGCACAUGAAUUACAACCACUAAUGGAUUACAAUUGUGAUAGACACCGGUAUGCAACAAAUGGAGAUGGUGCUUCAGUAUAAUUUGUUAACUCACAAGGAGUGGGUGUAUAUCACAUUGUUUAUGUACAUAAAUUAUGACCGGAAGAAAACACUUGUCCAGCCCUUGGGAUUUUGUAAAAGGGUAUAUAUUUUGGAAUUUCAGCAUACAGUAUAUCAUCAUACAGUAUAUUAGACUUAUUGUAUUAUGCUGGACUGACCAUGUAGAAUACUUUGGGGUAAUGGGGUAUUUAUUUAUUUAUUCGUUAAUGGUAUUUAUUUAUUUAUUUUAUUGAAAUAAAUGUAUUUUAUGUUCAUAUAGCCCCUGAAAAGAAACACAGAAUGCUGUCAUUAUAUCAAAGAAACAUUUUUGUUUAAUGUGUCAAUGAAGCUUGAGCUUAUUUAUCUUGUGUUAUCUAUGUUGUGAUCGAUGUACACUACUCUCACAAAGGCCUGUCAAACUGUUAUAUCUGUUGAAUUAGUGAGUUGCAACAUUACUUUUUGUGCAGCUUCUGAGUAGUAUUUUCACGGGGGAAAAAAAAACACAAAAAACAGUUCCCAAGCCACCAGAAGAAGAACAUUUGCUUGUCAAAGUGACUAUUGAUUAUAUCCACUUUUUCCACCUCCACAAGGGUUUUCAUUGGUCUUGGUAUUUGCCACCUUUAAUGAAGCAUCAGUGAGGAAUUUAACAUAUGACUUUACCAGAUUAUCUCAUAUUUACUGAAGUUCUUUCCCUCAUGUAUUUGAUGGUGGCCCUGUUUUGUCACAAAGCUGCCACUUAGUAGUCUGUCUUCAGUGUGCACAUCUUUUAGGGACGUAAGUGUGUCAAUACCGAUGUAGAAUGGUCAUCAUCAAUGUUCUGUAGUAUAAAGUGUAAAAGAGUGAUUAUAUCUUCUAAAGUGCCAAACUGACACACAUGCAAUAGAGAAUAUCCGACAAUAUUAUCAUUUGUGAAUCCACUUUUACUGCCUUGAAGAAAAAAAAUAUGCUAAAAGUGUGCGUUUCUUGUAAGAAAUGCUAUGCAGCAAAUGUUGGCCACACCAUAUUUCCUCUUUUUUUGUAUGUUUUUUUGAUAGUUAUUGAUAUGGUAUUGAUCCAAAAGCAACCAGACAAUUUUUUUGAAUGUUGACCAGACCAAUAAAAACUAAUCAUUGUAUCAAGGCUAACAGGAAGACAUUUUUCAUUCCGACUGAAUCUGACUUUAUCAGUAUGCUGGUUUUUAAAUAACCAAGCAUGUGUUUGCAUUACAGUGGCCCAAAAAACUAGCAUACUCUUUGCCAUUUUAUUAUUUUGAUGAUAGUAAAAGCUUGUUUAUAAUGUGUUUAUUAUGUUUCUGUCCACUUUACUGUAAAUGCAGAGCUAUAAAGGCAUAUGGGAGGUAUGGUGUAUAUUCAGUUGUGUGCAUGUUGGAUAUGUUUAAAGAAUUGGGACUAAUUCAAGCACUGUAUUAUCUGGGUUCAGUCCUUUGCCUGCAUUCACAUGGACUUUUAUUUCAUUGUACCUCUUUUUGAAAAAAAUGAUUUGAUUUACUUUGGGACCCACAAAUGAGACAUAUUAUGUGAACCACACAUGUAGAUAUAUUCUAUUGUUAUGUAUUUUGUCAAAGAGAUGAAAAUAAUACACACUGGAAUUACAGAGCUCAAAGGAAUCCAACAGCAACAUUUAUUUCAUAUGAUCCUCAUACAUACAUUAUGUUAGUUGUUUGUCAUCUAUGUAUGUUGAGUAUUGUAAAAAAAAAAAAAAAAAAAAAAAAAAAAAGGGGGGGCACUGAUCAAUUCUGUUAGGGUUUGCAUUAUAUACUAUACAUGUACUGGAAAAAAUCCUUUUCAUAAGGGAAUGGCACAUAGCUGUGGAAUUUUACAAUAAAAUGGUUGCAUUUAUCACUGGCAUAGGUUCAUCAUUAUUAUGGAUUACUGUAUGUGUACUUUUACUUGUGGUAGCAAUAGUUUAGUAGUAUGCUAUAGUUUAAAAAAAUAUAUGUGACACUAUGCACAGACAUGCAAGUAUAUUUCCAGCAUUCAAAAUCCUACUUGAGUAAAAGUACAGUAAUAUUUACAACAGUUUGGCAGUUUAGUCCAAUGGCUCAAAAUCUGGGGGACGGGAUCAUUCAGAUGGGUCACUUAAUGAUUUUAGCUUUUGCGGCCUAGCACAGGUGUUUAAAUACAACAAUGUGAAAAGUUUAGAGGGUAUGUUGAAAGUGUUCCUUUCCACCAUUUUUUGGACAAAUACUCAAGAACUCCGAUUUCUUAGUAGCUGACAUUUCUUGCACAAUUACACUAAAAACAUCUUUCUUUUUUUUUUCAGGAAAACAGCUGGUUGUGGAGCAAUAUGACUAUACAGUUCAACUAAUGGGGGGGGGGAAUUAACAAACUUAGAGAUUGCUACCAUGUCAUUAUCUCCCACUGGUAUGUCAUUAUCUCCGUUUGUGCGUGAGUAAGUGAGCACCUCUGUGUCUGUCCACAGCUUAUCUUAUUACAUUUUGGUUGCCAGUCAUGGCUGCAUGUUCAAGGACCUCUCGUGGUUGCCGUGACUCACACUUUUUCAAAAAACAUUCUAUUGCCUUUUUUAUACUGCUAGUGACAGCCUGCUGACUCCUCGCUGCGUGCAUCUCGGAUGCACAAAGCAAUAAACUGGUACGGAUACUAAGAUUCACAAAAAUAGCAGAAUAUAGUAUUUACACCCUGAGCAACUACAUGGCCAUUUACAAACUUUAUACUUGAACCUAUUCUCAGGCAACAAGUUAUUGAAAAAGACUACGAUAAACACAUUUAUCCAAUUUCAUUGUCUUUUUACAAAGGGGUCAAGGGGUCAUUUAUUUUAAUUACAUGUUAUUAAUUAAGCUGACAUGUUGAAACAUUUUAAUAGCUAUGUCUGCAAAAUUGUCCAAAAAGGAUUGAUUUUGCCCUUGUGGGAACAAAACACAUUUAAAAGAUCCCUCCCUCCUCGUCAGUUGGCCAAAUUUACACUUUACCACUUGUCACUCAUCUUGAUUUCCUGUCAACAUUGAAACAUUAUGUUUAUUAAGGCUGAGAUAACAAUCACACCUACAGCCACCACAAGUUUUGAGGAAGCAGAUGGUAGAUGUUAUAUGUGUUGGAUCCUACGGUGUAAUAUUCGGGCUUGUGUGUAACUUCUAUUGUGAACUUUUGUAGCAUCAUUUCAAAACAUGUCACUGAGUAAUCUGCUCUGUUUGAUGGAAACAGCUCAGCACAUUUGUUUGGCAUGACUUAACUCUACCGGAAGAAUGUUUUCAUUUAAGAGGACUGUUUUAAUGUUGGAAUAGCACACACUGUUCUAGUCCUGUCCAGUGACUCUCUUCCUUCCAGGAAAGUGCACUCGAACCAGAGCGGCAGUUGGCUGAUGGAACCCUGUGCUGGCACCUCUCCCUCCACUGGGCAGUGUGGCAGCUGCAAAGGACAGCCAUGUGAAUCCCUCUGAUUAUUAUACAACCGUCUGCAAUGUACCACAGCACAGAGCUGUCAGAGCCCUUUCAUCAGCUGAGGUACAGGCUCUUCAGCGACAGAGCUAGGAUCGCAGGGAGAACCACAUGAAUUAUGAAGCCUGCACAUGGCUUACUUUUGAAGACUUCACCCUCAUGUUUUCAUCAUUCUGCGCAAUGAGAUAUCCAGAAUAUGAAUA